GUGCGUAACUCGAUGAUAACAUAACGCAACCCAGCCGCUAUAGCAAGACCAGAGAAGACUAUUUCACGUCACGAAUGUAAAGACAUAACAUGCCGCUAAUUUUACAGCUAGCGUCUCUCGCGAUCGCGUUUUCGAUCAUCCAUCUCACGCACGGUCAGUCCGGAGGGGCAUGUCCGCGCUCCCUCAGGAUAAACCCAGCCAGCUGUGUGAUGUCAUGCGACCCGGCCACAGGGUGCCCGCAACCUGCCGGUAACGAUUGUUUAUGCGAUGGAGGUUGUGGCUAUAGUUGUGUUCCAAAAGGUCUAUCUUGUGGGCAGCCCCGAGAUGUAAGGAACGCGGAGUACAAAUUAACAGGAACUGGAUUUAAUGAUAAUGUCACGUACACGUGUAAUGAAGGCUUCACGGUCAUCGGCACCGUCACCAAGAGAUGCACUGCUAAGGGGGAGUGGGGAGGAGCGUUACCAACAUGCAUGCAAGUUUGUAAGGUGCUACAGGAGCUACCUUUCGGGGCGCGCAUCAAGUAUCCAGAGAGCCCGAACCGAUAUUAUCAAACCGGCGAGUCUAUCACCUUGGCCUGCAAGGAGGGCUUCAAGCAGAAGGAGAAAGGCACGCCGAAAUGGUUAUGUGUCAGCGGCAAAUGGACAAAGUUCCCAUUCGAGUGUAUACCGACACACUCGUGCAAGCGGACCAUCAGGGCGUCUUUCACGCGGUGCACUAAAGAGUGCUCACCGCUAGACAAGGAUGGAUGCAAGCCGAACGAGAAGUGUCUGUGUGACGGACAGUGCGGGUUCAGCUGUGUGGAGAAUGGGUUACAGUGUCCAAUACCGCCGAAACCAGAAAACGGCGAGCGCUAUUUCAUAGGCAGAGGUUACAACGACACGGUCACUUAUACGUGCAAAGAGAACUACACUCUGACCGGGAAAAGUGCCGUGCGCAGAUGCACCGCAAAAAAGACCUGGUCUGAUCUUCCCAUCAACUGCUUGGCGGACUGCCCCAAGCCAAGUCACAUUCCGGAAAACGCAUUCAUCGUGAAUGAAAAAGAGCGUUACAUGUCUGGCGAGCGCGUGACGUUCAAGUGUAAGCCUGGGUAUAACCAAGAAGGACUGGCGACCACUUUGUGCUUUCUCGGAGAUUGGAAUAUUAUGCCGUUUAAAUGUGAAAAGGGUGGAUGCGGAGAUCCCGGUCUCCCUGAGAAUGGUGCUAAGGUGGGGCUAUCAUAUGGCGUGGGUGCACGCGUAUUCUUUACGUGUAAACUCGGCUUUAACCUCAAAGGUUCGCCAUCUCGUAGAUGCGGUGAAGAUAACAAGUGGACCGGAACCCAGCCUCGCUGCGAGAUUGUUGACUGCGGCCGAGUAGAGGCGCCGACAAAUGGCUCCGUCAUUGGCAACGAGACCACAUUUCAGAAGAUUAUGCGCUUUGCCUGUGAUCCGGGUUUUGAGAUGGACGGGAACCCUGUGGCUAUCUGUCAAUCAGACGGGAAGUGGAGUAGUACAGUAACUUGUAAUCCCGUCAAUUGUGGAUCACUAGACGCGCCAGCACACGGCUCGGUCAGCGGGGACUCCACGACGUUCACGAGUCGGUUGGUGUUUAGUUGCGACGCUGGUUACAUUAUGAGCGGCUCACCAAUUAGGACCUGUCUGAAAAACGCGUCCUGGAGUGGAACGCAGCCUAGAUGUGAUGCCGUGGAAUGCGGAAAGCUGGCAGUGCCUCGUAAUGGCACUAGAGUGGGUACCCUGUGGACCUUCCCUAACACCGUCAGGUUCGCCUGCGACGAGGGAUUUGAGUUGAGUGGGUCAGCGGUUCGAACCUGUCAGGCGGACGGUUCGUGGAACGGGACUUUGUCCGAGUGCAACGCCGUUGACUGCGGGCCACUGCCUGUCCCAAUGAAUGGUUCCAUACCAGGCGAGGCGACGGUCUACCCUUUCCAAAGAGAGGUGAAGUGUGAUCGAGGUUUCAUCCUCCGAGGCUCGCGAUUCAGACUCUGCCAAGCGGAUGGAUCUUGGAGUGGCAGAAGUGCUGUAUGUAAUGCGAUCGACUGCGGUAAGCCCCGUAUGCCAGAUUUUGGGUUCGUGAUGGGCCUGGGAACUACAUAUACUCACGUGAUCACAUACGAGUGCGAGGAGGGGUAUAGACGCGAGGGGCCUGAGACUAGACGCUGCCAAGCAAAUGGGUCAUGGAGCGGUGGAGAUGUUAGAUGCCUGGCUCGUGAUUGCGGUCCAAUAUCAACUCCACAAAACGGAACAAAAAUUGGCUCGCUUACAACCUUCCCAAAUAAGAUGGAGUUCAAAUGCGACAAGGGUUUUAAUCUAAUUGGUUCCUCAACUCGCGCUUGUCAAUCAAACGGGACAUGGAGUGGGAAACCAGUUGUUUGUCAAGCCCGUGAUUGCGGCCCACUACAAACUCCAUUGAAUGGCUCUAAAAGUUCUGACGCCACGACCUUUCCCAAUACCGUACUCUUUCACUGUGAUGAGGGCUUCGAUCUUAUUGGCUCAGGGGCUCGAUUUUGCACAUCAGGUGGUGUGUGGAAUGGCACUUUAUCGUCGUGCAAAGCCCGUGACUGUGGUCCACUUGCAACCCCUACAAAUGGUACCAAGACAGGAUCACUCACCACCUUCCCUAACAAGGUCACUUUCUCGUGUGACGAGGGCUUUAUCCUGAUUGGCUCACCAUUACGCUCCUGUCAAUCAAGUGGAAAAUGGAGUGGCGAACAGGUUAGGUGUGAAGCUCUAGACUGUGGUUUCCUAGCAACUCCAAUGAAUGGAUCAAAGAUUGGUGCCAAGACAUUUUUCCCAAAUCAGGUCCUUUUCUCCUGUGAUGAGGGGUUUGAGCUGAUUGGCUCUGCUCGACGUGCAUGUCUCUCAAAUGGCUCGUGGAGUGGUGUAAGCGUCAUCUGUAAAGCACAUGAUUGUGGUCCUCUUGUGUCACCGUUGAAUGGUACAAAAACUGGUAGCCUAACCACCUUCCCCAACAUCAUCACAUUCAAAUGUGAUCCAGGUUUUAAUCUGAUUGGCUCCCCAAAGCGAACCUGCCAAUCAAAUGCUAGGUGGAGUGGACAGAUGGUGUCUUGCAAAGCGCGUGAUUGCGGCCCCUUGACUACCCCAAGAAAUGGAUCAAAGCUUGGUUCACUCACGACUUUCCCAAACAAGGUGCACUUCUGGUGUGAUGAAGGGUUUGAUCUGCUUGGCUCAAAGUUACGUGUGUGCCAGGCCAAUGCUAUCUGGAGUGGGGAUAAAGUCACAUGUCAAGCUCGUGAUUGUGGCCCUUUGAACACUCCUCUUAACGGGACCAAGACAGGAUCACUCACAACUUUCCCAAACACUGUCAAGUUUAUGUGUGAUGAAGGCUUUAAUCUGAUUGGUUCGCGCAACAGAACCUGUCAAUCAAAUGGCAAAUGGAGCGGGCAGCAAGUGGCCUGCGGAGCCCGUGACUGUGGUCCGCUUCCAACCCCUAUGAAUGGUACCAAGAUUGGAUCACUCACCACCUUCCCUAACAAGGUCACUUUCACAUGUGUCGAGGGCUUUAAUCUGAUUGGUUCAAGUAUAAGACACUGUCAAUCUGAUUCAACAUGGAGUGGGUCACAACCAACAUGCAAAGGUCUUUUAUCCAUAGUCCGAGAUUGUGGUCCAUUACCUGUGCCAGCCAAUGGCAAAAUGUUAGGGCUACAUACAACCUACCCAAGCGACAUUCACUUCCGGUGUUAUAAGGGCUUCAAUCUUAUUGGUUCUCCCACACGUAGCUGCCAAUCAAAUGCUAAGUGGAGUGGAAAGGAAGUUAGCUGUAAUGCCGUUGACUGUGGUCCCUUGGCCGCGCCCAUGAACGGUUCUUCUGUUGGUAACCUGACCGUGUUCCCGAACAUAAUCAAAUUCAUCUGCGACGAGGGGUUCGACCUUCUCGGCUCGUCAGUAUGGCGAUGUUCGUCUGAUGGAAAGUGGGAUGGUAUCACUACGACAUGUAAAGCUGUCGACUGCGGUCCUCUUGUCAAACCGCUGAAUGGUUCUAUGAUGGGCUCACUGACCUACUACCCUAAUCACGUGUCCUUCACGUGCGACAAGGGAUUCCUGCUGAGAGGGUCAGAGGUCAGGGCGUGUCAGGCGAACAGGACGUGGAGCGGGAUGAAUACAAGGUGUGAAGCGGUUGAUUGCGGUCCCUUGGCGGCACCACGAAAUGGCUCAAUGAGUGGCAGUCUUACCGUGUACCCCAACACCAAGACGUUCACGUGUGACCGGGGCUUUGAGCUGCUGGGGUCAUCACUUCGAAGGUGCACCCCAAGUGGAUUAUGGGACGGGACUAACGCUAUAUGUAGAGCCGUUGACUGCGGUCCUCUUUCUCCACCAAUGAAUGGUACCUUGUCUGGACAUCUCACCGUGUUCCCGAACUCCUUCAGUUUCAGCUGUGACGAGGGGUUUGACCUUCUUGGCUCAUCAGUAAGACAGUGCACAGCGGAGAGGCGGUGGAGUGGGACCCAAACCACGUGUAAAGCCGUUGACUGCGGUCCUCUCGUGAAACCCCUGAACGGCUCUAUGACGGGCUCACUGACCUACUACCCUAAUCACGUGUUCUUUACGUGCGACGAGGGGUUCCUGCUGAGAGGGUCAGCGGUCAGGGCCUGUCAGGCGAACAGGACGUGGAGCGGUGCCCGGGCGUACUGUGAGGCCGUUGACUGCGGUCCCCUUUCUCAACCGAUGAACGGUUCUUCUGUUGGUAACCUGACCGUGUUCCCGAACAUCAUCAAGUUUAGCUGCGACGAGGGGUUCGACCUUCUUGGCUCAUCAGUCAGAAUGUGCACAUCUUCUGGUAUCUGGAGUGGAAACGCGACGUUGUGCAAAGCUGUGGACUGUGGUCCGCUGACUGUGCCGGUGAAUGGUUCGUCUGCCGGAUCGUUGACUUACUUCCCAAACAAGAUAUCCUUUGAAUGCGAUAAGGGAUUUCUCCUGGAUGGCUCUCGAGUGAGAGUGUGUCAAGAAAACAGGAAAUGGAGCGGCGAAACAACUACCUGUAAUGCUGUGGACUGCGGGCCUCUCUCAAUUCCUCUAAACGGAUCAAGGACGGGUAGCCUCACCAUCUUUCCGAAUGUCGUCAAGUUUAGCUGCGACGAGGGUUUCGAUCUUCUCGGCUCCUCAGUACGACAAUGCACCUCCAAAGGGCAAUGGGACGGAAAUACAGCAUCUUGCAAAGCUGUCGACUGUGGACCGCUGCCGGCCCUUGUGAAUGGAUCCAAGGACGGUUCACUGACGUUUUACCCAAAUAAAAUCACAUUCGCUUGCGAUGAGGGUUUCCUGUUGAGAGGCUCGUCCGUGCGGCGCUGUCAAUCCAACAGGCGAUGGAGUGGUAAUAACACAGUGUGCGAAGCUGUUGACUGUGGUCCCUUGGCCGCGCCCAUGAACGGUUCUUCUGUUGGUAACCUGACCGUGUUCCCGAACAUCAUCAAGUUCAGCUGCGACGAGGGUUUCGACCUUCUUGGCUCUUCAGUCAGGCAGUGCACAUCGACGGGGAAAUGGGCUGGUAGUAAAACGAGCUGCAAAGCUGUGGACUGUGGUCCGCUGCCUGUGCCACUAAAUGGCACUAGAGUAGGGUCGCUGACCUUCUACCCGAACACGAUGACUUUCGCCUGCGACGAAGGCUUCCUCAUCCGGGGCUCUGUCACCAGGAGAUGUCAACUAAACAGAAGGUGGAGUGGGACGCGAACCACGUGUAAUGCGGUCGAUUGCGGUCCUCUGUACUCGCCAAGGUAUGGCUCUUUACACGGAAACCUCACUGUGUUCCCAAAUGUCAUCACGUUUAGUUGUGAUGAAGGCUUCGACUUAUUUGGAUCAUCCGAGCGAAUGUGCACCUCAGAAGCGAGGUGGGACGGGACUAAUACAGUGUGUAAAGCUGUUGACUGUGGUCCCCUUGCCACCCCAGUGAACGGUUCUUUAGCUGGAGAUGCCACCACAUUUCCAAAUAUUAUCAGAUUCACUUGCGAUGAAGGUUUCGAUUUACUUGGAUCCUCGGCCCGGAAGUGCAUGCCCAGCCGGAAGUGGAAUGGUACUUUGACGUCAUGCAAAGCUGUGGACUGUGGCAAUCUCACGGCACCAACUAACGGGUCCGUGACAAUCCCUCGCACUGACUACCCCAACAAGGCGCGGUUGAAGUGUAAUGAAGGGUUCCUGAUGAAGGGGUCUUCCUUGAGGGAGUGUCAGGCUAACAGAAAGUGGAGUGGAACUCAAACAUUCUGCCAUGCCGUUGACUGCGGUCCCUUGGCCGCGCCCAUGAAUGGUUCUUCUGUUGGUAACCUGACCGUGUUCCCGAACAUCAUCAAAUUCAGCUGCGACGAGGGGUUCGACCUCCUCGGUUCGAAUGUGAGAAUAUGCACCUCAAAAUGUCAAUGGAAUGGGACGAAAACUACGUGCAAAGCUGUUGACUGUGGACCUCUCCCCUCGCCAAGGAACGGCUCCAUGGAAGGAUCACGUACUUUCUUUCCCAACAAGAUCACCUUCAGAUGCGAUAAAGGUUUCACCCUCAAAGGGUCAUCCACCAGAGUGUGCCAGGCUAACAGGGCGUGGAGCGGGGAGACGACUACAUGCCAAGCCGUUGAUUGCGGUCGUCUGAAUGCACCUGUAAAUGGAUCAAUGAUAGGAGCUCUCACGGUCUACCCAAGUGUGAUCUCAUUCAGCUGCGAUGAAGGCUUCGAUCUGCUUGGCUCAUCUCUUAGAAAGUGUACUUCAGAAGGAAGGUGGGACGGUUCGUCGACCUCGUGUAAAGCUGUUGACUGCGGCCCUCUAUCAGCGCCUACUAACGGCUCAAAGAUAGGCUCUCUGACUUACUACCCCAACAAGGUGUGGUUUAAAUGUAACAAGGGGUUUCUGAUGAGAGGUUCUCAGGUCAGGGCGUGCCAGGCGAACCAAAGGUGGAAUGGGACGCGGACUAGUUGUCAAGCUGUUGACUGUGGUCCUCUUUCUCCACCCAUGAAUGGCUCUUAUGUUGGUAACCUGACCGUUUUCCCGAACAUCAUCAAGUUCAGCUGCGACGAGGGGUUCGAUCUGCUUGGCUCAUCUAUACGUAAAUGUACCUCGAAAGGGAAAUGGAAUGGAUCCAUAACAGCAUGCCAAGCUGUUGACUGUGGGCCUCUCCGCGCGCCCACUAACGGCUCCAGACUAGGCGCCCUGACUGUCUUUCCCAACAAGAUGUUGUUCAAGUGUGAUGAGGGAUUCCUCCUGAGAGGCUCCGCCCUUAGGGUGUGCCAGGCAAAUAGGAGAUGGAGUGGUGCAGAGACGAGAUGUGAAGCUGUUGACUGUGGCCCCCUAGAGACGCCUCUGAACGGGUCAUCUGCGGGUAACCUGACCGUUUUCCCCAACACCAUCGCCUUCAGUUGCGAUGAAGGGUUUGAUCUGUUUGGCUCACCCGUCAGAAGUUGCACUUCGCGAGGAGCUUGGAGUGGAACAGUAACAUCGUGCAACGCUGUCGACUGCGGUCCUCUUGUCAAGCCGCUGAACGGCUCUAUGACGGGCUCACUGACCUACUACCCCAACCACGUGUCCUUCACGUGCGACGAGGGGUUCCUUCUACGAGGGUCAGCGGUCAGGGCGUGUCAGGCGAACAGGACGUGGAGCGGGACAAACACAAGGUGUCAAGCCGUUGACUGCGGUCCGCUUUCUCCACCAAUGAAUGGCUCAGCAUCUGGACGUUUCACCGUGUUCCCGAACGUCGUCAAGUUCAGCUGCGACAAGGGAUUCAAUCUGCUUGGUUCAUCUAUACGUAAAUGUACCUCAAAAGGGAAAUGGAAUGGAUCGAUAACAACAUGCCAAGCGGUGGAGUGUGGGCCCCUUGCUUCGCCAGUAAACGGGUCAAUACAAGGCUCCCGCACGUACUUCCCCAACAAGGUCAAGGUCACCUGUGACGAGGGCUUCCUCUUGCGGGGCUCUGACGUCAGAGUUUGCCAGCCAAGCGGGCGGUGGAGCGGGACUCGGGCGAGUUGUCAGGCUGUUGACUGUGGUCCCUUGUUAAAGCCAAUGAAUGGCUCCAUGAUAGGCGAUUUAACUAUCUUUCCAAGCACGGUUCACUUCCGGUGCCAAGAGGGCUUUAAUCUGAUUGGUUCUUCCAAGAGAAACUGUCAAUCAAACGGGACGUGGAGUGGCGAGGUUACUAAAUGCCAAGCCGUCGACUGUGGUCCUCUAGCUGCGCCAACCAAUGGUUCCAUGACUGGUCAGCGGACUGUCUUCCCUAAUCACGUGACCUUUAAUUGCGAUAAGGGCUUCUAUCUUAUUGGUCCGGCAAAAAGACGUUGCCUCGCGACAGGAAUCUGGAGCGGUGUGGACGUCAUUUGUAACGCCGUUGACUGCGGUCCGCUAGACACGCCCUCAGACGGACACCUUGUCGGCUUUCUCACUGUUUACCCAAACUCCAUCACGGAGCGGUGUAACCUCGGGUUCUUUUCCUCCACUGGCCCUAACAAAAGAGUCUGUCAACCAAACGGCACUUGGAGUGGCAAGCCAAUCGCCUGCGUGCCCACUACGUGCAAGAGGCCGCACAUCCCGCCCAACUCAUACCUCACCACGCCCGAUAGGGACUCGUACGAGCUAGAGGACUAUGUCUACUACAGCUGCAAGCCGGGAUACCUGAUGGUCGGCGCGCCCGUGCAGAUCUGCAAGUACGGGAACUGGACCGAGGCCAACUUCCGGUGCGCAGCGCCGAUGUGUGACCCGCCCGCCAUGCCCCCGCACGCCUACAUCACAUUCCCGCGUGGCAAGGUCGGUCGGUAUCUCGAGGGUGAUAUGGUUUACUUCUCUUGCUAUAAUGGCUACUUUCUGGUUGGAAUACCGGUCAUCAAGUGCAACAAAUCCUGGAGCAAAGUGGAAUUUACCUGUAAUCCGGUGCCUUGUGGUCCGCUGCCUCUACCAGCUCGAGGGGGAAGCGCCAGCAGUACUGGUACAACCUUUAGUCAGCGGUACACCUUCACGUGUCCGUACGAGAAGGGCAUGCGCCUUGCAGGGUCGCCAGUCCGUGUUUGCCAGGAAAACGGAAAGUGGAGCGGAACCCAGCCCAGAUGUUACCUGCUAGACUGUGGAGACCCUGGAACACCAAGAAAUAGCCUCAAGCUUAACACCAACCACACCUUCAACAACUACGUGUUUUACCACUGUCUUGACGGUCACGCCCACAGAGGGUACAGCUACCGGCGCUGCACGGUUACGGGUAGCUGGUCCAAUAGGAACCCAGAAUGCAUUGCGUGCAGACGCCCGUUAGGAAUGGAACGUCACUCAAUCGCCGACCAUCUGCUGAGCGCGUCAUCAGAGCGUGACAGUCGUCACGCCGCUAAGCACGCUCGUCUGAACUCGAACAGCGCCUGGUGCUCUGCGCGCAGUGAGUUCGCCAAGUACCUCCAGGUGGACUUUGGACGGCACGUGGAGAUCACGGGCAUAGCGACACAGGGACACCCUAAGGAGUACAAAUGGGUGAACAAGUACUGGCUGCGCUACACCAUGGGCUAUUACUGGUUCACGUAUAGGCAGGACAAGGCGAUAAAGGUAUUCCGCGGUAAUGAAAAUCGUAACACGGUGGUGAGACAUGAGCUGAAGCCGACGAUAAUCGCUCAAAAAGUUCGCAUCUAUCGACACCAGGAGAUCAAAGAGUUCAUUGGCUCGACUGUCUGUCUCAGGGCCGAAUUCUACGGUUGUUCUUUUUAUUCAGAAUGCCUCGUACGUGGAGCCUCUGUAUUUGCGCGCUGGUUUACUGUCCACAAAUUAGCUAUAUUCUACCAUGGUCACGUGACGCACAUCAGUACCGACACGGUCCGAGUGAUGCCGAGCGAACACGAACCGAACUUUCCGAAAAACAAACCACAAGAAUUCAACCGCGACAUCCCGGCCGAACUCGUAGCCGACAAUGUUCCAGAGGUGAAGGAUCUCCUGCUCGCAACACCCGUUAUAGCCCUCACUCAGCGAGACGGAGGGCCCGUGUACGCGUCGGGAAGUAUUCGGAACGCGGUCGGGAUCUGGUUUCUAGUGGAGCUUGAUGAUACCGAGAGGAUUUGGUUGAAGAAAGAGGAUAUCCGCCUACGAAAGAGAACACCGAUGUACUGCUCACUGAGACUAGGGGCACAGGCUCACUGAGACUAGGGGCACAGGCUCACUGGGUACAAGAUCACUGUGUCUAGGGGUACAAGAUCACUGUGACUAGGGGUACAAGAUCACUGAGACUAGGGGUACAAGAUCACUGAGACUAGGGGUACAAGAUCACUGAGACUAGGGGUACAAGAUCACUGAGACUAGGGGUACAAGAUCACUGUGACUAGGGGUACAAGAUCACUGUGACUAGGGGUACAAGAUCACUGUGUCUAGCGGUACAAGAUCACUGUGUCUAGCGGUACAAGAUCACUGUGUCUAGGGGUACAAGAUCACUGUGUCUAGGGGUACAAGAUCACUGUGACUAGGGGUACAAGAUCACUGAGACUAGGGGUACAAGAUCACUGUGACUAGGGGUACAAGCUACUACAUCAUUCAGCACAUCUGUAUUGUACAAAAAGAUAUUUACUUUUGAAGAACCCAACCAAUAGAAAAAAGGGCGAAUAAUCUUAAUUACAGAUAGACAUUGACUGAAAAGAUAUCAAUAUCCAAAGAUAUCAACAGUUCAUGUGAAAAUCCCAGCGAGUUGUGGCAGGGGUGGCUUAUUUCUGAAAACACGAAUAAGCAGUUUGUUUAAUUUUUCCCCUGUAUACUAACAAAUCUCAAGAGACAAAUAAACAACAAAUUUCUAAAA